UCAGGCAAAAUGACGCGGGUCAAAAGAAAACAUUGGGCGGAAUACCAGGAUUGGAUGGCAUGAGUGAUGCAAUCACUGCAUUUUCCUGAAGCCCCAGCAGCCGCACCACCUCCACCUCCAAGAUCCCGGACCGGAUCACAGAGAAUCUGGUCGGAGGACGCCGGGAGGAGAUUUUGCCUCACCGAGUGCAACUUAUGACUAUUAGACUACCUUCGCCGAGCACACUUUUUUACAAAGUGCCUCUCCCAUUGGAUUGUUCUUCUCCACGCCAAUGCAGAAGAGUCAAAGAAACAUCAUCAACAUCCAUGGAGAGAGUCGAUAACGUGAUUCAUGCGAUUUUAAAACAACGUUCUCAAUGAAUCGAUCGCUAUAAAUUAUUCAACCGUGAUUUUUAUCUAACAUAAUCGUAGUAGAUAUUUAAUAACAUAUACAGGCAUAUUUCAACGGUUGCAGUGCGGCUGUGCAUAAAGACCAAUUAAUGUUUUAAAGCGAAACGCAACCUGCUUUGUGGUGCACUCUGGAGAAUUGCGUAUAUCGACUCAUUUUUCGCGUCUCUCUGGCGACUAAUUUUAAACUUGCAUCCUAGACAUCAUAUAGCUGAUCUAAUUCUCAUUCGCAUUGGAUUUCCCCCCACGCAUAGGAGGAUAAUUUAGCGUUUCUCUUAUUCGUCGCAUCCUUCUCCAUAUUCACCAUGAAUUAUCUGCGACGUCGACUGUCGGACAGUAAUUUUAUGUCCAACUUGCCCAACGGCUACAUGACCGAUCUACAGCGGCCCGAUCCGCCGCAGCAAAGCCCUGCCCCGGUGGUGUCGCCGGGAUCUCAAGAGAGGCGUCAACCCCCCAGCCAGACUACGGGCGCCGGUUUCUUUUCCUCCAUUUCCAACGCUGUCAAACAGACCACCGCCGCCGCUGCCGCCACCUUUAACGAGGCCACCGAGAGAGUCGGCUCGAGCAGUGCCAAGAUCCUUCUGGUCAUUGAUGACCAGCAGACAGACUGGGCAAAAGUGUUCAAAGGCAAGAAGGUUCAUGGUGAAUUUGACAUCAAAGUAGAACAGGCUGAUUUCUCUGAGGUUAAUCUGGUGGCUCACGCAACGGGAAGCUAUAGUGUGGACAUUGAGGCCAUCCGCAAUGGAAACAAAAUCACAAAGUGUUUCAAACCAGAUUUUGUACUGGUACGACAGCAUGCUUACAGCAUGGCUAAGAAUGGCGACCACAGGAACAUUGUGAUUGGACUACAGUAUGCUGGCCUACCCAGUGUCAAUUCUCUUCACUCUGUCUACAACUUCUGUGACAAACCAUGGGUGUUUGCUCAGUUAUCCAGAUUGUACAAGCAGUUGGGUCCAGAGGAGUUCCCACUGAUCGACCAGGUUUAUUACCCCAACCACAAGGAGAUGAUCACUACACCCGGCUUUCCUGUGGUAGUGAAGAUGGGUCAUGCUCAUUCUGGUAUGGGAAAGGUCAAAGUGGACAAUCAAUACGAUUUCCAAGAUAUUGCAAGCGUUGUGGCUUUGACGAAGACUUAUGCCACAUCUGAGCCUUUUAUUGAUGCCAAGUAUGACAUACGAAUCCAGAAGAUUGGUGACAAUUACAAAGCCUACAUGAGGACAUCUAUAUCUGGCAACUGGAAGACCAACACAGGGUCAGCCAUGUUAGAACAGGUGGCCAUGUCUGACAGGUAUCGCAUGUGGGUGGAUGUAUGCUCGGAGGUUUUCGGGGGUCUUGAUAUAUGUGCUGUAGAAGCAUUACAUGGUAAAGGUGGUCAAGAUUACAUUAUAGAGGUGGAGGGCUGCUCAAUGCCUCUCAUUGGAGACCAGCAGGAUGAGGAUCGGGCCCUGAUUGCUGAUCUUGUUGUGAACAAAAUGAACCAGACUGUGCCAUGUACUUCAGCUCCCACUCCAGUCCAUCCUCAGGGGCCUUCUGUUUCACCCCAAGCCAUCUCUCCUCAGUCUAAAAGUUCACAGGCUCAACAGCGCCCUGCAACACAGGGAGGUCCACAACAACCACCUGCUAGCACUCCUCCUGCUCGUCAAGGAGCUCCACCACAGCAGCGUCACUCUCCCCAGGGCCAACCCCCUGCCCAGCCCCAGUCUGUGACCAUUCCUAAUGCCCAGAAUCCCCCUGCUCAACAAACCAAGCCACCCAAUCAAGCCCCACAGCGACAAGCCAGUCAAGGGGCCACAAGUCAACAGAGGCCAGCUAUUGCACAGGGUCCCCCCCAGCGUGGCCCAGGUGGUUCUCCUCAGGCACAGAGGCUCCAGCAAGGUGGCCUCCAACAGCAGCCACAGAGGCCUCCAACUGCUGGCCAGGGUCCAAAACCAGCUAGUCAGGCCCAGCAGAGGCCCCAGCAGCAGAGACAAGCCCAUCCAACCAGGCAGCCAACCCAAGGUGGGCCACAGCCAACCCAGGAUGCCCCACAGCCAACCCAACAACAGCAGGGUGGUCCACGUCCCCCCACUACACAACAACCACGGCCUACUUCACAGGGCCAGGGAGGACCAGGAGGUGCACGGCCUCCUUUGCAGCAGAAACCCCAACCUCCACAGAAACCAAGUCCUGAUCACCCAGCCCUGAGUGGAUCCCCACAACUCAACAAAUCCCAGUCUCUUACCAAUACAUUCAACAUUCCAGAAACGCCGGCCGCCCAGCACCAAAGUCCUAGCCAGGACGAAGCCAAGGCCGAGACCAUCCGCAACCUUCGGAAAUCCUUUGCAAGCCUCUUCUCUGUGGAAUAAAACCACAAACACACACAGUACAUGCAGUAGAUGUUGAAACAGAGAUGACGUCAUGUUCAUGUUUAGACUCUUACUCAGUCUUUAUGAAAAGCAUACAGACACAUGUGUCAUAUACACUCUCUGUGCAAAAAGGACCAAUUAUAUUACACAUUGUGGUGUGCAUACUGUAUGUUUACAUGUCAGAUUUGUGCACAUCAAUUUGCAAUGCGACAUAGAUAAAACACUGCUUAAAGAUUGCAAUAUUGAGUGAGAUAUAACACAAUAUAAUUCAACACAAUUAAAUCUGCAACCAUUAAAAACAUUCCCCAUGUUUUUUGUGUCCAGUUGAAGGGAGGGAAGUGUGAAAACAAAAUAACACACACAUGCACACAAACACUCCCACUCAACCUUUUACACUACUUACACAAUGACUGAACCUGCACACACUUAACACAUACAUGCUAAUACUUGCCUAUUUGUGGAUUCAUUCCAGGCUCCUAUUAUGAACUUCACUGAUUAUCCUAGAUUCUAUUUUUAAUGAUAGCUUCAAAGUUUUGGUGGAUAGUUGUUGUAGAGUCAUACACGUACACACAGAUAUACGAUACGUCUGCUAAUUGUUUGAAGCAUGUUCUGUUACAAUAAGGAACACCAUCUAACGGUUUUAUAAAUGCACCACAUUGUAAUAUAACCAAAUUAUUUAUUGUUUAUGUUUGAGUUCAGUUUGGAUUCUACAAUGAUGACCCAUUGUGAUGUUCUUUAAAUUUGCACAAGCUUCCAUCGUCAAACUAACCCUGUGGCUGUAUCCACUUGCGAUACUGUUCAAACCGCAUGUCACUUAAGAAAAUGUAGUCGCACAAUGUGGGUGGUCUUGCUAUAGUAACUGUUGCGCUUAGAAAAGUUAGUCGUAGUGAAAAUGUUGUUUCUUUUUUCUGUGAGCAAGCUGUCACUGCUUCCCUAAUGUCCCUUUUCCUGAACAAACAAAUGACUCACAAUCGUACACCCUUAAAUAUGUUUAAUAUGCUUUUGCCAGAGAGGCAUACGGUUUUCCGACAUUGGUUUUCGAGCAAUCGCAUAUGUCUCAGGGAUGUCCUGGAGAGAAAGACAAAAUGACCUACUGUCAUUGAUCAGAUCAGGUUUUUCAAUCCAUUACUGUAGAGAAUUACUGAUCUGUUGUUGUGAAGGCCAAUAAAGGGAGAUAAAUGUUAGCUGGUUUUGUGUAAUAUAUUUGUUUGCUGCAUGAACAUGUUUGCACACCAGUACUGUAACACUUGAGAACAUAUGAGAUGAGUGAAUGCUCAGGAAGGUUUGUAUUAUCAAGAAUGUUUUACAUGCAUUGGGGAAGGCAUUUUCAGCUUUUCAUAGCUAUUUGGUAUGCCUGAAUGUUGAUGAGCACAGGAGAACAUGUGGGUGUUUGGAGCUGCUUGUUCAUCACACAUUGGCCUUAUGAAAAUCAAGCCAAAAUACAAAGCCAAGGAUACCAUCAGCAGUUUUCACAGUUUAAAAUUUCUUAUUUUAAAGUCAUGCCUGUCACACGUUGGAUUUUAGACUUAGCUGCUUCUAGUAUGUCCAAGUGUGUCCAGUUACACAAUGUAGAUCCUUAAACUAAUUGCUCCUACAAUGCCUCACCAUACCGCAGGGUUUUAAAAUUGGACCAGUAGUGUGGCAGUGUCUUCCACAAGUGAGGAUAAAACAGUCCCAACACUGGCAAUAUAUUUAGCCAUUCACAGUAUCCCAAUCCGAAACCCAACCGCUUCCCGCUCAACAGCCUGUUGUGUAUUCACAGUGAUUAUUUCGUGACAAAUGGUGCGUUAAUGUGUAUAUAUCUGUAUAAUGUAAUGUUGUACCGUAAACUGUCAAAACCAAAUAGAAGUGUUGUACAGAUCUUAACUCAACAACUGAUGCAAAUGUCCUAUAAUUUAUUUGAUCAUUGAGUGAUCGUUGCUGACAUAUUGUGGGUUUGUCUGUGACAGGAUUUUACUUUGUUCAUAUGUGAUUUAGGUUGUGCAAUAUCUUCGUUGUAAACUAAGCCUACAAGAAAGGUCUGUGUUCUUUAUUUGACAAAUUUUAUGAUACACUUGCAGUUAAAGGUCAUUUUCAGUGUGUUCACUGUUAUGAUCGUAAGUGCUUUGAUUGGUUUUCCCACUGUAUGUGUUAAUCUAUAUGAUCCAACAUUAUAUUAUCAUUAUAUUAUAUAUAUAUAUAUAUCAGGCAAAUUUUCAGUGCUCUAAUGUGGUUCAUGUUUUUACAAACUAGGAUAGGUCUGUGUGUUAAAUUAUGGCUUUCAUGAAUGCUUCAUAAAUAACUUUAUCACUGAUGCAAUCAAUUCUGGAGGCAAAGUAAAUGUUUUUCAAUAAUUCAUUUGAAUGUUGCAGUACUUAAGGAACCCAUGCCUGAUGUUUAACUUCAUAAUUAGUUGUGUAUUUGGAUAUUGGUUUUUAUUAAUUUUCAUGUUUACAUUUGUUACGUUCUUUUCAUAGAGAGAGGAACUGUCUCCUUUUAAAGAAAAUGUAUUAAAAUAUGUUAUAAUUGCUUAAUUGGUUUAUACUGUUCUGACUGUUUUAAUAUCAGUGAAUUUUGUCAUCUGUUAUUGCCUGCCAAUUGUAUAAAGGAAGAUAUGAAAUUAAUCAUAAAUAUAUAGAAUUAUAGUCUGAAAUCCUAUUAAAAUGAGAAUAUUGUUAAAAAAGUGUGUAGUAUUACACAAUGAGAUGCAACUUUGAUGUGAUCUUCAAUGUAGCUUAAUAAUGGUGUAAAAUGACUAUGCUACAUAUUCAAUAAAGUCUAU